AUGGGUGAGGCGUGUGCUGGGGUCCCCGCCUGCUCAGCCUCUCUCUCUGCCCAUAGGGGGCAGCACAAGGGCUGCUGUGCCAGCAUUGUGCUGAAGAUGAGCCCCAAGAAGGACGGGCUAAUGGUCACCGAGUGCCAGCUGGCCCACAACUUCGCCCUGUGCCCCAUCGAGUUUGCCUGCUACUUCAAGAAGGGCUACCUGAUGGCCAACUCGUGCCUGCCGGUGCGCACCACCACCACCAAGAUCUCCAAGCAGUUUUGGAGGGGGGCGUACGUGCAGCGCCUGCUUUCCUACUGCAAGAGCUGUGACCACAGGGUGCUGGACGGGCUCUUCGCCAGCAACCCCAGCGCCAUCCUCAUGGAGGACAAGGUCAUCGUCCAGACCAUCUUCUUCCUGAGCUCGCGCAUGAUGGCACUGAGCCGGCGCGUCCCGCUCAUGCUGUUCUUUGACCGCAUAGUGGGGCUGAACGAGGAGUUUGACCUGUAUUCGGUGCUGUGCAUGGACGGGGUGCGGCGCGGCCGCGAGGUGGCCUACUGCCUGAUGCAGCGGGAGACGCCCGACCUGCUGCACUUCACGCUGGCCUCGCUGGUGCAGAGCGUGCCUGAGGUCAAGCUGCAGGUGCGGUGCAUCACGCUGGGCGUGGAGAUUGCCCACCUGGAGGCGGUGAAGGAGCUGCUGCCCAGCCGCGUGCAGAUCUGUCACUCCCAGGUGCUGGAGACACUCUUCAGCAGGGCGCAGGAGCUGGGUGCCGCCGAAGAUGAGUGCAUCUGGCCCCUGCUCUGCCGGCUGGCUGCAUCCAAGUCGCCGUCCGCCUAUCAGCAGGCGGUGCAGGAGAUGAAGGUCAUUGUCCCCCAGCGCUUCGUGCGCUACUUCCGGCGCCAUUGGCAGCUGCACAGCGAGAUGUGGGUGCAGUUCUGGGCCUUUGAGACGGACCGCAACGUCAAUGCCUGCGAGCUGCUCACACUCAGCCCCUCGCCCACCGUGGCCCAAUGCAUGCUGGACCUGCUGGCCAUGCAGGUGGGCAGCGAGGCCCAUGAGCUGGACGAGGGAGAGCUGGCUCAAUAA